AUUUUUCAUUAAAUAAAUUAUCACAAUUAAAAAUUUAUAGCAUGAUUUCCAAAAUCCCUCUUAGAUUGUUAAGAACCAUCAAACCAAUGAAUGUUACAAGAGUUUUUGCUCCAUUCUGCACCUAAUUGGAGAAGGUCAAUAAAACUGGAUAAAAAUUAGUAAAAAUCGUAGAGAAAGAAUUGAAAUACGAAAAAACCAAUUAUGUUGAGGAUGACACAGCUAUUCAAUUUGUUGAGAAGGCUGGUUUCUAAUUGGUUGACAGUGAUAGCAAUCAUGAAAUCACAUUGGAAAAAUAAGUGGGUGAUGUUAAAGUCAUUGUGCAAUUCCAAUAAAGACAACCCAAUACAGAUGAAGCAGAUGAGGAAGAACCAGAAGAAUAAAAUAACAAAUAGUAAAAUCAAGAGGAAGAAGAAUAAUAAGAAUCACAUAAUGAUUAUGCUGACUUCACAGUUUAUCUGUAAAAGAGCAAUGGAUAAAUCUUAUGCUAUGAAUGUACCACAUCAUAAGGAGAAGUUAAUGUUAAUUUAGUUAGUUUGAUUAAGGACUUAGAGGCUCACAAGAAAAUUCCAAGAUUUGAGAGAGGAUUGUAAGAUUAUUCAGGUCCAGAUUUCAUCACUUUAGAUGAGAGAUUACAAUUAGCUUUGGUAGACUAUUUGAAAACCUUUGGAAUAAAUGAUGAGUUGGGAGCAUUCAUUGAACAUUAUUCAUUGGAUAAGGAACAAAGAUUGUACAUCUAAUGGUUGGACUCAUUGACAACAUUCUUGAAGAAUUGAACAAAGCUAUUCAUUCGUUAUUGUAUAAUAAUUAGUCAUUGU